ACAGUAUGCUAUGCAGUAUUGGGCAACUCUAGAAGCGAAUGUCCUAUAGGUAAAAUGCUAUGUAAUGGUAUCUGCAUGGAUAAUCAAAUGGUGAUUUGUAAUACAUCUCUGAACUGCGAUAAUCACGCAAACACAAAGCACUGCACAGCUGAAAAAGAAGUCCAAACAAGCGGUAUUGGUCAUGGAAUCGGUCAUGUUUUUUGUGCCACCGAUCGUUUGGGUAUGAUGUACACAAAUGCGACUCUAUGCGAUGGUAUACCAGAAUGCUACAGUCGCGAAGACGAGUGCAAUAUCGGAUGUAAGAAUGAGUCAAAAUUUUGUGCCUACCAUAUUUAUUGCCAUACAAAUGAAACAACUCCAGUAAAACCUGAAGGGAUCCUGUUAAAAAAACGACAGUACUGCGACGGCUACCCUGCGAAUAAAAGGCCUGAUUUAUCCUGCAAAGAAGGUUUUGAUGAGUUGAAUUGUCCCCACCGGUUUACGUGCAAAAAUCGGACCCAAGGACGUUUGAAUAUCGACGAUGACCAAGUAUGCGACGGAAAACUCGACUGUGAGGACGGAUCGGAUGAAACAGAAAGCCUCUGCUCCGAAACGCGGUUUUAUUGUCUAAAUAAAAGACCCCUUUCCGUCCCUAUGAGUGAUGUUGAAAACGGUAUCAAAGAUUGUGAAGACAACAGCGACGAAUGCCCUACGUUUACGGAAAAGGCUGGCUUUGUUUCUUCUGCACAAGACUUGGUUGGAGGUGAUUUUUUAAGAGCUUGGUUAUGGAUAUUAGGAAUAUUUUCUUUAGUCGCCAAUUUCAUAGUAUUCGGGACCACCGUUUAUCAAUUAAAAAGUUGGCACCUUGAGCCUCUGAAAAAAGCGUUUACCUUUUUCAUUUUUAACAUAGCGGUCUCUGAUUUGUUCAUGAGUGUGUACUUGCUGGGAAUAUCAAUCAAGGGGGUACAGUACUCUGGAAGAUAUUGCUAUCAUGACGUGGAAUGGAGAUGUAGCGUUGCCUGUUCUAUAUUAGGUGCAUUCUCUAUUAUUUCAAGCACUGUAUCAGCAUUGCUACUGGCCUUAAUGGCGACGUUUCGUUUGGUUUCAGUUUACAACCCAAUUAAGAUGGGCAGUGUUAAAACUACCACGUUCGUAAUGCCGGUUGUUUUUAUUUGGAUUCUUGGCCUUGUUUUGGCAUUUCUACCGCUGGUACCGCUUAAUUCAGGUUACUUUGUCAACUCAGUUUGGUUACGAAACUAUUUCUUUCCAAAGCAAGAGAUCACAAAACUUGAAUUACUUGGCCUUGUUCAUCGUGUACCUCUAUUCAUGUCGAACGCUAGCACUUCGCAAAUGAACUGGUUUCAGUCAAAAAAUUUCAUCUUGCAGUAUUUCCCAGUAAUGCAGAUACAGGGAGAGUAUGGUUAUUUCGGCGAAUCCAGCGUCUGUUUGCCGGAUUUGUUUCUGAAAGUCGGCAGUAAUGCAUGGGAAUACUCUGCCUUCCUUUUGACCCUGAACUUCACUCUAUUUCUAUACAUGUUCUGCAGUUACAUGGCGAUAAUCAAGCGCAGUAGGAGAAUGAAAUCCGAAAACAAAAAGAACAAGAAAAUGCAAACUACUGUCGCUCUCUUAGUCUUCACCAACUUUUGCUGUGUUGUUCCAAUCUCAAUAAUAAGCUACAUAACAUUGGCUGGCGUCAGCUACAACCCAGUUCUUUACAAAGUCAGUGCUGGUUUUCUUCUGCCUAUAAACAGCUCUGUGGACCCGAUUAUUUAUUCCAACGAGGUUGUUAAUGCGGCAAAGAAAAUAUACAACCAUCUGAGGAAAACAGUUAGAGAUAUUCGUUCGGACUAACCCAGAAAAAUCGUUAAACUUAUAUAGAAGGGUGAGGACAGAUGAGUCACCUUUUCUUACUAUUUUCUUGUCCUAUUUGGUAGUAAACAAAUGACAUUCAAAGAAUCAUAAAAAAAGUAUCCUCACAACUCGCAUAGACCAUU